UUUCCUGCUGUUUCAUUCCCGGAAAAUCCACUUUCUGAUGGUAGCUUUCACUUCAAUACUUCAAAGAAAUUGUUAGUGUCACCUAACACACCAGAUGUUGGAACUUUGAUGACCGAGAUAUCAAGCCUUCUUGGUGGUGUUCCGUAUGAGACAUUUCCCAGCAAGUCUGCGGCCGAAGAGAGGUACAAAGCAAACCCGACUGAUGUGGCAGCUGGAAUUAUAUUUGGUUUUGAAGGAGCAAAUAUAAGUUAUGCAAUUCGGAUGCCGUAUAGGUCUCUGCCUUCUAUCAAUGAUAUGUUUACUGAAGCACGAAAUCAGGGUGAGUGUCGAAAGAGUCCUAAUGGAACUCAAUUUGGACCAAAAUGUCAAGCCAACAUGUAUCUCUCAACUGGUUUUGUCUGGCUGCAGAAUGCUGUUGAUACUGCACUCAUAAGAAAAAUCAAUCCAACAUUUCCCUCACCUAUGGUCUCAGUCCAGUUGAUGCCAAAGGAUAAAUACACAGAAAGUCUUGACAGCAUCCAAAUUGGGUCGGCUAUCUACUUCGUUCUGGCUUACUCUUUCUUCAUCAACUUUCUGUGUGUCAAUCUGGUAGCAGAGAAAGAGAAGAAAAUACGAGAAGGAAUGAAGAUGAUGGGUCUCAGAGACUCUGUUUGGUGGCUGUCGUGGGCACUUGUCUACCUGUUUGUUAUCUUAUUCGUGACUAUUAUUGUCGUCGUCAUUGCCAUGGCCUCAUCCUUUUUCCGCAACGAGAGUUUGUUCAUGUUUUUCAUCCUGAUGUUCCUGUACGGAAUGUCAAUCAUUAACCUGGCGUUUUUGAUGACUCCAUUCUUCACGAAGGCUCAGGUUGCGGGAUUUGUGGCAGGUUUCUCAACCGUCAUCAUCAGCCUGCUGCACUUCAUCGUAAGCAUGACGAGGACGCCCACCCUCACCGGUUACGACUACAGCAUCUCACCAGCCGGUCGCUGGGCUCUCUGUCUGCUCUCGCCUGUCGCUUUCUCACUGGCCAUAGAUCAGGGAAUAUUUCUGGAUGUUGUUACAGGAGGAAUGACGUUUUCCAAUAGCAAGAUGGGAGACUUUCCAUUGUAUGCACCCAUCAUCAUGUUACUGGUUGACAGCUUUCUGUACCUUAUCCUGGCAGUCUACUUCGACCACGUUAUUCCUGGAGAAUAUGGACCUCGUUACAUGCCAUGGUUCUGCAUCACGCCAUCCUACUGGUGCAGGAAGAAAAGGAAGAUUCACAGAAAACGACUCAAGGUGGCAGCACAAGCUGAAGCAGGCAAUUUGGAGCCAGUUUCUGCUGAUCUAGCAAGCAAAGUAGGCCUUCGAAUAGUAAAUAUUUCAAAGACAUUCAAAGAUAAAAAGACCACAAUAAAAGCUGUAGAUGGAUUGUCACUGGAUAUAUAUGAAGGCCAAAUUACAGCACUACUGGGUCACAACGGAGCUGGGAAGACAACUCUAAUUAACAUGCUCUGUGGAUUAUCUCCUCCAAGUUAUGGGACAGCAACAAUAAAUGGCAUGGACGUGUCUCAUAGUGGAGAUAUGGAGAGAAUUCGAUCAAUGACCGGGGUCUGUCCUCAGCAUGAUAUCCUGUAUGAUGAACUGUCCUGCCGUGAACACCUCGAAAUCUUCGCUGCCAUCAAGGGAGUGAAACAAAAGAACAAAGCCAGUGUUGUUGAAAAGGUGAUGAAGGCUGUUGAUAUUGAAGACCAGGCUGAUGUGUUAGCCAUAAACUUAAGUGGAGGACAGAAAAGAAAGCUGUCUGUUGCAAUUGCCCUAAUUGGAGAUCCUAAGAUCCUGUUUCUCGAUGAGCCAACAGCAGGAAUGGAUCCUUACUCCAGACGCCACCUGUGGUCUCUCCUGAAGAACAGCAAAGAGGGGAAGAUAAUUCUGUUGACCACUCAUUUCAUGGAUGAAGCUGAUAUACUAGCAGAUCGCAAAGCCAUUAUUAGCCAUGGCAAACUGAAAUGUUGUGGAUCAUCAUUGUUUCUGAAACAGAGAUUUGGAAUUGGAUACCAUUUGAACAUGGUUGUGGACCCUGAUUGUGAUGAUGAUAGAGUGACCGAAAUACUGAGACAGCACGUGUCUGGCAUUGAAAAGAAGAGGUCACAUGGCAAAGAGCUUGCCUUCACCAUGCCUAUGGCGGAAGUGACAAAGUUUCCGAAAUUGUUUGCUGCACUUGAGUCACCUGUUGACCAGAGACAGACACUUUUUGAGUCGCUCGGUAUUAAAGGCUACGGAGUGUCCAUGACAUCACUGGAAGAAGUGUUCUUGAAAAUAGGUUCAGAGACUGAAGAACCUGUCCCAGUCCAACCACCCUCGCAAAACAAGCACCACCGAAUAAACACUUGGGAUGAAAACACCAACAUUACAUCUCAGCGAUUCUGGGCAUUGCUUAAGAUUAGAUUUCUUUUAAAGAUUCGGAGGAUAAGUUCCCUGAUCUUCCAGAUACUGGUACCCAUUGCAUUGGUGGUGAUUGGCUGCAUUCUCAGCAAGCAAGGCACAUCUGAGGACACAUCAUUUGCAAAACCAGUGACAAUGAAACCUUUCUAUGUUGGGCCAAAGAAGGCACCUUUCCUUGCUGUUGAUUCCACAGGCACUGCAGUUUCAAACUGGUUCAUAGAUGGACUGAAGAGCGUCUAUGAUGUUGAUACGGUCAAUGCAUCUGUGAAUAUUGCUGAUCUGCCAAAACACUGGAUGGGCUUUAACCUUCAUGAUUUGCAAACAAACUUGAAAUGGACGUACACUGCAAUGUACAAUGACACAGCUAUUCAUUCUUUGCCAGCAGUGAUCAGUCUGGUUUCUAAUGGACUUCUUGCAUUUGCUAAGAAUAUAACGAGAAUCUCUGCAUCCAGUCUAAUGUGGCCGUCUGUUGUGCAGUCUGGGGUGCCAAAACUUUCAUACAAUUCCAAUGCCUUCUCGGCAGCAUUCAUUCUUGCCGUGGCAUUUGUUGUUGUACCGGCAGGAUUUGCUGUGGAGAUUGUCGCUGAUCGCCAGAUUAAGAUACGCAGUCAGUUACGAGUGUCUGGAGUCACAUUCAACAUGUACUGGAUCACGUCAUUUCUCUUUCAUCUGUGCAUCUAUCUCAUUCCGGCUGUCAUUUGCAUUAUAAUUGUGCUGGCUGUCCAGAUCCCGUCGUUCACUACUGAAGGAGCCAUGUUAAUACUGGUGCUACUCUUCCUAGCGUACAUCCCGGCCAAUCUCCUGCUCGCCUACGUGUUCUCAUUUGCCUUUAAAAGUUUUGAGACCUGUCAGGCCGUUCUGCCCAAUGUCUUCAUCUUCGCAGGGAUUAUUCCCUACAUAGCAAUAUCACUGUUGGAUAUGUUGGGUGAUUCGGAUAUAGCACAGAUAAUUCAUUAUGUGAUGUGCGUCAUUGAUCCACCUUAUAUCAUCUUUGGAGGAAUCUACUACAUAGAAAGGAUCUCAAUUGUGGCAAACAUCCUGCAGAAGCCAGUAACCUUUGGCAUGUACUUCAAGUGGAGCAGUAACAUUCUCUUCCCAAUCAUCAUGUCUUUGAUUCACUUAGGAAUUAUGUACCUCCUCUUGGGAUUCUUGGACCUCCACAGCACUGGUGCUAACCCAGGUGAAGAGUUGCCGUGUUUGUCCUCGAAGAUUCGGGACAUCCCCGCGGAGAACAGUGACGUUCCUGAUGAUGAGGAUGAUGACGUCGCAGAAGAACGGCGGCGGGUGUUUGAUCUUCAGAGAGAUCCAUGCAAGGUUCCGGUUGCUUUUGUUGAAAACUUGAGAAAAGAGUUCAAGAAACGUGGAAAGAGUUCAGGAUUUUGUAAGACAGCUACAGUGAAGGUUGCUGUACGUAAUGCAACGUUUGCUGUGGAUAGAGGUGAGGUUUUUGGAUUGCUUGGACCUAAUGGAGCUGGGAAAACAACUACACUGAACAUGAUCAUUGCGGAAACUUCAGCCACCAGAGGAAAGAUCGUUAUAGCAGGUCACAAUAUCCAUUCCAGGACAGCUAAAGUGUUUAAGGCACUAGGGUACUGCCCACAGCAUGAUGCCUUGUGGGAUACCAUCACACUGCGGGAACACUUGGCAUGCUAUGCAGCCAUCAAGGGAAUACCAAAAGGGCAGAUAGACUCGGUCAUCAACUACUACGUAGAAAACUUGAAAGUUGAAGAUCAUGUAAAUAAAUGGUCUAAGAGGUUGUCUGGAGGGACGCGGCGAAAGGUGAGUUAUGCAAUCAGUAUGCUGAGUACGCCACAGAUUGUUUUGCUUGAUGAACCAUCUACCGGCAUGGACCCACAGUCCAAGAGAUUUCUAUGGGACACAAUCAGCUCUAGCUUCAAGUCGAGUGGACGAGGAGCCAUUUUGACAACACACUACAUGGAAGAGGCUGAUGCUUUGUGCUCCAGGGUGGCCAUCAUGGUUAAUGGUCAAAUACAAUGUCUUGGACCAACUCAGCAUCUGAAGGACAAGUUUGGCAGUGGCUAUCUCCUGGAGAUCAAACUGCAGGUCACCCGAGGCAACAUUGAAAAGCAGAUGGACGAACUUGAAUCUCAUCUUGCUGGUCUGUUCCCACAGAUGGAACGACUGGAACGGUUUGCUGAACGUGGUUGGUACAGGAUUGCCAAGGGUAAAAAGUUGCUGUCGGAGGCAUUUUCUGCCUUGGAAGACCUGAAGAGCUCACACAAUGUAGAGGAAUACAGCUUCAGUCAGUCCACAUUGGAACAGGUAUUUUUGGAUUUUGCCAAGAAGCAGCAUGAUGAAGAAGUGGACAAUCUUCAAGGGAAAAAGAUAACGAGGCCUUCGGGUGAACCUCUCGUGUCAAGAGGCAAUCCACCAGCAGUGAAUGUUUGAUCAUCUUUCUCAGCAGUUUAUUUCACAAUUCAUACAGGCUGCUUCCCAGGGUUUAAGCAGAACCCAAAUGAUUAUUUGCAAUUUGGCGAAUUUGGUCAAAACAUCUGUAGCCAAAUAAACAAUUCAGUUAGCCAAACAGCCAAAUAGGAAGGAAUUUUAUCUUUUUUUUUGUGAAUUAUUAAAGCAAUAAUUUUUCCAGAUUAAAUUUUGCAUUUGGCGAUUUGGCGAAUUACAACUGAAACCCUGCUGCUUUCUAGAAAAAAGGACAGUGUGAAAGCUGAUUGCUAACAACUUUUUAUAGAUAUAUUUUGCUUACUCAUCAGACAGUAUUAAACCUAAAGGUGCAUGGAUUGGGUUUUAUUUCAUCAUUAUGCAUGUGUUUAAAUUAUUUUAAUCUAGUUGACUCUUUCGUGUAAUAGGUGACAUAUUUUUCAUGCUGGGUACCUGUUGUUUAAAUGUUCCUUUGUUAUUCAUUUCAUGGUUGUUUUGUAAUUUAUAAAAUAUGAAUGAGUAUUAUUAGUCCCCAGUCGAUCCAACAGGAGGGGUCUAUAGCGUUUGUGUCUGUCCUUCUGUCAAUUCGUCACACAUAUAGUUUUUCAGACUUUUUUUUAUUUUUCACCAUGCCUCAAGAUAUUGAACAGAAAUGUGUAUCAGGUAGCAGACCAGAUAAAGAAAGAUUCAGGUAUUUUCAGUCUCAAGGAAAUUACAAAAAAGGUCAUACAUGUAAUUAUAAAGUGGACUUAUUUUAAAUAUUUUUAGUUAAAUAUUUGUAUCACUUUCAUCAUUGAUUUUGGGUGCAUUUUUGACAAUAUUCACACCCAUACUAAGCACACCUAAGCAGGAGUUGGCAGAUAUCACACAUAUAUUUAUGGAAUCUUUGCCAUGAAAGUCAAACGUGAUCUGUAAUUGAGGUAGCAGUAUACAGUUAGCUCCCUUGUGUACCCGGUUUCAGUUUGGUUUGACGUAAGAAGAAA